AUUUAUAGGGUAAAUACGACAUUGAUAUAAUACAUAAAAUGGUUGAUAGCACUUAUACUCCUUAUUUUUAAAGAUCAGCUCCUUUUCGCCAUGAAUUCCUCUCUUUUCUCUACUCAUAACACAAUUACAGAGGCUUUUUCCACCUUGUCGCAUUCUUAUAUUUCUAAGUUAAAACUCGCUCAUAACGGUUUGAAAUCCAAACGAAUUUUACUAACCCACAUUUGUUUGAUGGUGUACAUUAUCUACGAUGAUGUUAUGAAAUCAAUGGCACUAGCAGAGUUUGGCAGUGCAAGAUAGAGUGAUGACAAGGUCGAAAGUGACACCUUAAAGGCCUACCAGAAUGCUCUGAGGGUAGCCUGCAAAA